GGAGGUAAAGGGAAAUAUACAAAAAUGGAAAAACGGGAGCUUUAUCUCCGAUCGAGCUCCGUCAUCGCCGGUGAUGUCCGCCACCACCGCCAAGAAGCGCUCGAAAUCCCGGAGAAGGGAUCGUUCUCUGAUGGGUUGGGUCUUCAGUGAACCCUCUUCUAGCCUCUUCCCCUCCAGGGAGGAGCUGGUGAAGCUUCUUUUGGUUGUCGCCAUCGCCGCCUCCGUCGCGGUCGCCUGCCAUUUCGCUGCCGGUGUUCUCAAUCGACGUCAGAAACCCUUCUGCGAAAGCAAUGAAUCCUUUUUCGAUCUCGAUCCUGAGUUUUGUGAGCCUUGCCCUGAUAAUGGACGCUGUUCUAAUGGUGAUUUGGAGUGCUUUCAUGGGUAUAAAAAGGCAUGGGAGGGUGUGCAUAGAGGACAGAUCGAUCAAUCAAACAGCUAAGGAACUGGCAAAGGGGUUAGAAGACCAUGUUUGUGAUUCUUAUGCUCAAAUUUUGUGUGGAAAAGCUGGAAAAAUCUGGGUUCCAGAGUCUGAUAUUCUGAAUGCUCUUGAUGAAAGUAAGUCGGACAAAUAUAUUCACUUGGAAGACAAUGUGUUUGAGUUUGCAAAGAGGAGAGCAUUGGAGAGCAUUGUAAACAGUCUGGAGACAAGACCAGAUAUCUCUGGGAACAAAGACUUUAAGUGCCCUGACAUGUCAGCAGAAAUGCAUAAACCCCUCCUUUGUUGUGCUCGCCAGUGGAUGUAUAAACAUCUCCUACAUAUACUGGCAGUUGCUGUUAUGCUUAUAGGGUUGAUAAGAGUCUUAUGGAGAAUAAAAAAAAGACACACUCUCUUGGCUAGAGCUGAGGAACUAUAUGAGCAGGUGUGUGAGAUCCUUGAACAAAAUGCUGUCAUGGCGAAGAAUGCAAAGGGUGGAGAUGAGAAAUGGGUGGUUGCUUCUUGGUUAAGGGAUCAUCUACUUCUGCCAAAGGAGAGGAAGGAUGCUAAGUUAUGGAAGGAGGUUGAAAAAUUAAUUCUAGAAGAUUCUCGCAUAAGUCAGUAUCCGAAACUGAUCAAAGGAGAGUCAAAAAUCGUCUUGGAAUGGCAAGUUGAAGGUUCUCUUGGGCCCAAAGUUCGAAGGAAGGAAGCUUCGAUGAAUACAGAAAUAAAGAGACACCACAGCAUAUCUUCAACUAACAAACAGAAGCAAGUUAAGGAAUGCGACUCUUUAUAUACCUGAAUCAACAUCCCCUUGGACAAAUACUUCCAGUUCAACCAACUUUUGGCUACAUUGGCAGGUAUAUAGCAUUCCUUUUCAGCUCUAAUGCUAAAGCUAUGAAAUUGAGGACCUUAGCAGUUAGGAACACAGCAUUGUGUCCAAGAUUUUCUUUAUGUCUGAUAGCCAAGAAGAGGGAGAUGUCAUUGUAUAUCAUUGUAUACUUUGUAAUAUUACUGUGCUUGUGUAGUGCGUUCAGCAUCGAGCCAUUACUGUGACUAAAUCUCAUGCACAUGAUUAUACAUUUGUUUGUAGAUGUUUGGACUCUUUCUUAAUACAAGUGUAACCUUUGAUAUGAAAAUUUCUGGUC